AUGGCGCUAUCACCUCUCAAAUAUCCAUUUCUCCUCACAUUCGUUGUUGUUUCGGUCUCAUUGGUUUUCAUCCCUUGGGAUGCUUCCAUCCAUUCGUUAACUACGUCCCUCGAACGGAAGUUGCCAUGGCUUUGGUCAGAUGUCUCGGUUCGUGAUGAUGACGACGGCGACGGCGGUGCCGGAGUAUCCGAUCCAGGGGAUAGCCCCAUUGCCCAAGGAGGGUCUUACUCAUGCUCCAAGGACUCUCCUUGCUAUAAUGGAGCCUGCUGCGGCAAAGACGGCUGGUGUGGCUAUGGACCAACCUACUGUGGCACAGGUUGCCAGUCCCAGUGCGAUGCCCAUGCCGAGUGUGGUCAGUACUCUAAGAAGCCUGGACAAACCUGCCCUCUCAAUGUAUGUUGCUCUGAGUUUGGCUUCUGUGGUACCACCGCCGACUUUUGCAACGACAAAUGCCAAUCAAACUGUGGCUCUCCCAAUAGGCCACGGGGCAGCGGUGGUGACGUUCGGGAUCACAUCAUCGGUUACUAUGAGAGUUGGAAGUCUUCUGGGGAUGGAUGUGGACACAUGACCCCUUCUCAGAUUCCUGUCCAAGUUCUUGAUGCGGUCAAUCUUGCAUUUGGCUAUAUCACGCCGGAUGAUUACGAUAUUGUUCCCAUGGAGCACCAGACUGAGUCAAUCUUCCAGCAAGUCGCAGACGUGAAGAAGCGCAGCCGAAGCACCGAAGUUUGGUUAUCGCUGGGUGGAUGGACUUUCAACGAUAACGAUACUGUUACGCAGCCCAUCUUUGGCGAACUGGCAGCCGACAGCACCAAAGCAAAGGAAUUUGCUGGCAAGCUUGUGGAAAUGAUGGACCACUAUGGCUUUGAUGGAGUGGACAUCGACUGGGAGUACCCCGGAGCAACAGAUCGAGGAGGCAAGAAGCAGACGGAUGUCGACAACUUCCCUACCUUACUCAAGAACAUCCGACAAGUUUUCUCGAGUCAUUUGAAACCCCUCAAGCUUUCCAUCACACUUCCAACCUCAUACUGGUAUCUUCGAUGGUUUGACCUGCCAGAACUCGCCAAACACGUCGACUUUUUUAAUAUCAUGAGUUAUGACCUUCACGGCACUUGGGAUUCUUCAAACCCUAUCGGCCCCUACGUUUACGCUCACACCAAUCUGACAGAGAUCAAACUCGCCCUGGAUCUAUUCUGGAGAGAAGACAUCGGCCCUGACAUGAUCAACUUAGGGCUUGCCUUCUAUGGCCGGUCUUUUAAGCUUAGAGAUCCUUCUUGCUCAGAUCCAGGCUGUCGCUUCGGAGGUCCUGGUGAGAAGGGGCGAUGUACCGAUACUGCUGGGAUUCUAUCGUACCGAGAGAUCAAUGAGCACAGAGCAAUGUCGGAGUUGAAUAAAGGGGCAUAUACGAUACAUGAUAAAGAAGCCGCCAUUAACUACAUGGUCUACGGAGAUAAGAAUGAGGACUGGAUAUCUUAUGACUCAAAAGAGACAUUUGAGCAGAAAAUUGACUUUGCCAACGAGCUUGGCCUUCGCGGACUGCUGAUUUGGGCAAUAGAUCAAGACGAUGAUCGAUACACAGCGCUGAAAGCCGUAACUGGCAAGGAUAUUUCUCCACGAAUCGAAGAGAGUGACACCUUUGAGCACUGGGACGUUAGCAAGUGUUUCGUCAGCGGAUGCAAAGAGGACUGUGGCGAUGGCUUUACAAAGAUGACAAACCUGAAUGACGAUGCCAAAACCCAGCGUGGAUGCGGUGGGAACCACAAACAGAGAAGUCUGUGUUGUCCUUCUUGGGGUGCUCCGGACCCGAAGACCUGCUCGUGGCAAGGAUCAGCACCAUGGUGCUACGAGACUUGCAAGGACGGCGAUAUUCUGUUCGCUACGGAUCAUUAUGGAAACGGCGGUUCUAACUGUCACACCGGAACGAAGAAGUAUUGCUGCCCGGCGAAUAACGGGAACCGAGCAGUAGCGUCGUGUGGAUGGGUUAGCAAGGAUACUUGUCCCAACGAGAGACCCCAGAAGCUAUACAGCCACACCGAUUCCGAGCAGCUUGAUGGUGAGACUGUCUUUGGAACACGGACUUUAUGCUGCCCUGAUGAGCCAACCUUCGAACACUGCACGUGGCAUGGCGAUGUUGGAGCUUGUACCAACAAUUUCUGUCCCAAAAGCAAGAUACAGGUCGCGAGAAGUAAUAGCCGCCCUGGUGGCAGGUGCAACUUCGGCCGCAAAGCCGUUCUCUGUUGCGACCCUCCAACAGGAGACGACGCAAUUCUUCCUGUGGCUCUGGAAGACCUCUUCCCAUACGACAUUCCCGCCACCGACAAGCCAGUAUAUCACGAAGCAAUAGACAACUAUUCCGACGCGUUUCCCAAGAACUGGGACGGCGAGGACGACCCCAACGAACAACCCUUUGCUUGGAUCGUCAUGGUUGGCAGCGAAAAGGAUGUACAGUCUCUGCGGAAGCGCGAUGGAUCGCACCUCGAGCUAUUUGACUGCCCUGAUCCAGCCAAGGAUGACUUCACCAUUCAAAAACUCAAAGCUGUCUGCAUGGUAGAAGGGCAGGAUGGAAAUUGUGAAGAUCUGAUGCUAGGCAGCGUUAAGGGCACGAUUGCGCGGCUCCCAGAAGAUUGCGGCAAAGACGAAUGGGUUCGAGUGGUCUCCUUCGAAGCCAUCGAAGACCACCCUGUCCCGUCACACCUCGAGAAACGUGCUCCUGAGAAUGCCAAAGUCUAUCGACUGGAAUACGACUACAAGUUCCAUGAGCUUCGAGCAGACGGCGGCGAGGUCUUUGUCCGCGCCGAUGCAUCUACCCACCCGGGAUAUUGGGAUGAAAUUGUCGCGUCGAAGACAGGAAAGGGCAUCUCUCGUCGGGAUCCCAAGAACUGGCGAGAAGAUGAAAUGUCUUGGUUCCGAGAACGCGGGUUUGUCGGAGACGCUGUCCAGGAACGCGGCGAGUCUUCUUCGCUGAAUUGGUGGCUAGAGAAGUUCAAGGCACUUCUCAAGGCCCACGACAAUUAUGGCGUUCACAAACUUUUCGAUUACAAGCAGGUGCUGUACUCGGCCACAAAGUCUUGCCCAGGGCUCGGGGACGCGUCUCUUGAAGCUAGGCUUGAGGGCCGUGUGGAAACGACCUUUGACUAUGGUAUUUCGGUUAUUGGUACACUGAAGAAUUUCAAUUUCGAUCAGUCGUAUGCCUACUUCCAUGUGCACGACUUCAAUAUGUCAACCAUGAGUGUUGUGGAUGCAUAUGCGAAGAUCCAAAUGCAGACUCAGAAGUUGCCUAUUCUGGGAUGGUUGGAUCUAUUUGGUGGCAACUUCAACGUGAAAGGUCUGCUUGAAGUCGGGCCGUUUUUCGACAUCCAGGCUCAGCUCCGCGCGGCUCUUACGUUGUCAGGACAAGCUCGUGCCGGUCUUACUUUCAGAUCCAGGGGUCUCUCCUGGAUGUAUCCGCAGGGAAUGAACGAAUGGCCUACAAAAGACCUUUUGACUACAUAUGAGCCUGAAAUCCUGCUAAGUCCCAAGACCGAGGUUAGUGUCAAAGCAAAGGGCGAUCUCACUGUGGCCAUCAACCCAGCGCUUGGCUUCGAGCUCAAGGUCACAUGGAACGACAACAACCUUGUCAACAAUGAUGUGCGUCUUAAUUUUGAGACGAAUUACACAUUCACCGUCACCGCCGAAACUGGCAACGCGGCCACAUGCGAUGGCCUACUCAUGGGCGUUGAUUUAGGAUAUGGGCUUGCUAUCGACAUGUCGAAGCCUAUUCCCGGGUGGAAACAAACAGACACACACCACACCAUCAUUAGUCCCAGAUCCGUUCAACUGGCUGAGACUCAAUGUAAGAAGUGGUCAGAAGGAGGAGCAGGCCCAACUAUUGGCAGCAGCCGAAGAGAGGUCGGUGCCCCCACAAGCAAUGCCCCCAGUGUGAAGCGCGUUUUCUCGCGGAGUGACGUAGGAGAUGAUGCCCUCUUUCCUGAUACCCCAGGAUCCUCGCUUCGAUGUAUCAACGACUUCAAAACGCCUACUGGAGAUUGCCGUGACCACACGGCGGAGGAUGACUAUGCGACCGACCCAUCAUUAUUCGAUAAGAGAGCGACUUCGGCGGGCACUGGAAAGAAGCCGUGGAGUUUAUGCGACAACUCCAAGAAAAUCUACGUCAAGGGGAUCAAUUUCCCAACCUCUGGACAGAUGAUUAAAAAAGAAGGCAAGUACAAAGACUUGGGAAAAUUCUCAAGCUGGGGCCCGAGUGACCCCGACGAAUGCGAUGACUACGACUUCCGUUUGUUGGACGAAACCCCUUCAGCCGAUAGAUCUGGUGAGUAUGACUCGGAACAUGUCCUGGAGUGGCAGACUCUCAAGCAGUUCAUGAUCAACGUGGGCUUCAUCAAAGACAAGAAAGUAUCCAACAAGCCGUCUAUCGCUGCCACGAGUCCGUACAAGGACUGGACAACAGAUAACCCAAUAGUCGCAGAGCUGAGGACUAAAAAGAAGUAUCCACAGAAGGACGAGGUUGACUUUUGCGACUAUUUCUGGUUCUGGUGGUCCCAGAAAGUCUUUGAGUAUAAAGGCGUCAACCACAACGCUCUGGACCAUCUCAGAUUAGCGAUCCCGAACGACGAUUUCUACAGGGAUGAGUUGCAGCUCCUUUGGAGUGGCGCCAAUACUGUCAAACAAGCCAUGUGGCAAAUGGGAACUUACACCAUUCGAUCGAAAUCGAAGAUGGAGUCGUAUCUGAAGGGGACGACCGAAAGGGGCAAGAAGAGGGAUGUCAAUGAUGCAAUCAACGUUCUCAAGGACACAAUGUUUGCAGUCCGAUAUAUGGCAGAACCGGACGUGAAGAGAGUCAUGUUUUCCCAGGCAGACCGCAUCUAUAAGCGAAUGAAUGAGUUUGAAGAUAUGUUUGUUGCGGAAGGUAAAAUCAAGGGGUUCAACGAUCUUGUCUACGUUAAGCUUGAACUUGGAGAGGAAUGGAAGAAAUGGUGUGAGGCCUCAUACACGAACGCGAACAUCAGACACAAAGACUUUCUUGAGACAUGGGUGCCUCGUUUGAAGAGAGAUUACCUACCUGACGAGGACGAUGAGAGUGGCGGUGAUGAGUCAGACGGGGGAACCGAGAUCAAUGAGGAUAUCAAGAAGCGCGUCGAGGAGUUGGUUAAAGCAUACGACGAGUUCAAGCAGAGCCCAUGGGUCAGUCCUUUCCAAUGGGAUUAGGUGAUGGGUAGAGUUGUGGGAAGCGGCGAGACAAAGCUCAGCCAGAGCAGGAUCAAAACAGGGGGUGGCUCUAUUAUGUAAAAAUCACUGAGAACUAAGAAGUAUUUAGUCAAGAAAU